AUGGAAGAUGUGUCCGGGUCUAAUGAUGUUCAGGCCUCCAUUAUGAAUCUUCCAGAUGAUUGCCUCUCCUUUAUCUUCCAACGACUACAAUAUAUUACUGAACGAGAUUCAUUCGGUUUGACUUGUCGUCGCUGGCUCAACAUCCAAAGCAUAAGUCGUCGAUCUUUACAGUUCCAUUGUUCAUUCACUGUCCCUUCAAGCAUGUCUCAGUCAAAUCCUGCUGUUGAUUCUAAUCUUCUCCAUAGGCUUCUCACUCGGUUUCAGUGGUUGGAACAUCUUUCCCUUUCUGGUUGCACUGCGCUGAAUGAUUGGAGUCUUGACUCUCUCAGGUUUCCCGGUGCAAGACUGCGUAGUCUCUACUUAGAUUGUUGCUUUAGAGUUUCUGAUAAUGGGGUCUCAACAAUCGUCAGCUUUUGUCCCAGUCUUAGAAUCCUGAGUCUCUACCGGUGCAAUAUCAGUGACAUUGGGUUAGAAACAUUGGCCAGGGCUUGCUUGCCUCUAAAAUACGUGAAUCUCUCGUACUGUCCACUGGUGUCUGAUCUUGGGGUGAGAGCAUUGUCACAAGCAUGCUUGCAGCUUGAGUCAGUGAAGAUCUCAAACUGCAGGGGCAUAACCGGUGUUGGCUUUCAUGGCUGUUCCCCAGCUUUGGGAUAUGUGGAUGCCGAGUCUUGUCAGCUUGAGCCAAAGGGUAUAAGGGGGAUCAUUAGCGGUGGUGGGAUUGAGUUUUUAAACAUUUCAGGUGCAAGAUGCCGCAAUGAUGGGUUGGUACCUAUUGGGUCUGGGAUUGCAUCAAAACUUAGAAUCUUGAACCUAAGGAUGUGCAGAAUGGUUGGUGAUGAAUCCAUCAAAGCUAUAGCAAAAGGUUGCCCGUUGCUCCAAGAGUGGAACUUGGCAUUGUGUCAUGAAAUUACGGUUUCGGGAUGGGAAGCCGUUGGAAAGUGGUGCCGUAACCUGGAAAAACUCCAUGUGAACCGUUGUAGGAACUUAUGUGAUCAAGGGUUGCUUGCUCUCAGAAGCGGUUGCAAGAGUCUCCAGAUUCUCUACAUGAACGGGAAUCCGAGGGUGACCCCUACAGCAAUCGAGAUAUUCAGAUUACACAGAGCCGAUAUAACACUGAUGUUUGAAAAUGUGAUGGCUAUAGGACCGGACUGGAUACAGUAUGCACGAGAAUGA